ACAUCCUCAACCAAACAUCUCGAUCGACCACCCUGUGCAGACCAUCCAGGAGCUCAGAAACUACAGUUUCCAUUUGAAGAACGAAGCCAGUGAAUUUACUUUCAGUUAUACUAGCAACCAUGUAUGUACAGUCUGCAAUGCGCGUGUUUAUAUGAUCGCCAGAUUGGUUAAUAACGCGUGCUGGUUUAUGCAGACCAUUCAGGACGUGAUUGAUUUAUUUGUCGUCGGUUGUGAGUAGAAACGGUAUCAUAUUGCAGAGACGCUGAAUUUGAGCUCUUUUCAUCAGUUUUGGGGUUGUGCUCGAACAGAAGGGAGGAGUAGCGGAGAAACGCUGCCUGCUGAAUUCUGAAUCCUGCCUAUCCACAGAGAUGAUAUAUCUGCCAGUGUUAUCCAUGACCUCAGAUUUACAGCAUUACAGUUUCAGGAUGCCGAAUAUAGGGUUCCAAAACCUUCCCCUCAAUAUCUACAUUGUUGUGUUUGGAACGGCCAUUUUCGUCUUCAUUCUCAGCCUUCUCUUCUGCUGCUAUUUGAUUCGGUUACGGCACCAGGCACACAAAGAGCUCUAUGCAUACAAGCAGGUUAUUCAGAAGGAAAAGGUCAAAGAAUUAAACUUACAUGAGAUUUGUGCGGUGUGUCUGGAGGAAUUCAAGCAGAAAGAUGAGCUGGGAAUCUGCCCGUGCAAACAUGCCUUUCACAGAAAAUGCCUUAUUAAAUGGCUGGAAGUGAGGAAGGUAUGCCCUCUUUGCAACAUGCCCGUCUUGCAGCUGGCGCAGCAGCAAAGCAUGCUCGAGUCUGUGCCACCCAUGCAGCAGCCUCUGCCCGGAGUGGAAAACCUGGUGUAGCCCCUCCUGCGUCUCCUAAAGAUGCGACCACCACUACCUUCACACUCCGUACAUGCUCAAAUCCAAGGACAUCCCGAGGAUUUGUGCCCGGAUCCAUCGUACAAAAGAUUAGUUCAAAUUACAAUAACAGUCGAAUAACGCAAUCGCUCCUACUUGGGUUUAGUUUUUUUCAUUUUUUCCAAUGGGAUAAUGAAGAAGUGAAUUUACAUGGCCGAGCCUUGUGUAAAGUAACCAUUCCACAUCAACGCACUUGUUAGAGGGACACCUGUGAGAUGCAAAAAAGACAAGGACUACAACAUGACAAAAUGCAUUAACCCACACACACACACACACACACACAAAUAAUACUAAAGCAAACUCAAACCAAGUUGCUUGUGAUGGUAGUGAGAUUUUAUUUUGUAUUUUAUAAUUUCAAACUUUUUUUAAGUUGAUGUUCACACAGCCACAGAGCAAGCCAGUGGUUUUAUUUUAAAAAGAGAGGGUAACAUUUAUACUGUAUAUUAAAGGGACAACAGCUCUCUAUUGUUUAUAUGUUUGUUUGCAUGAGUGUUUUUGUACUGACGUUCAGGAGAAAGAAACUUUGUUUCACACAUGAACAAAAUAGAUCCCUACAAACACAACAGAUCGUAUUAGUAACCUUUGCAAAUGUUGACUUUUAACACUGAUCUUUGACAGUGAGUAAAGGUGUGAAUCUGAGAGAAAAGAGAGAGCCUGUAGGGCUGUAUUGGUAGAUAUGGUUCGCUAUGAACUUUAAGCUGGUGGCCAAAACAAAUGUGAUUGCGGAGUUUGUAAUAGUAAGGAAAUUUACAGCAGUAUUUGACCUUUGUUCUGUGGAAGUCUUUCAGUUUGAACUGCUUUUAACUGAGAGCUGCGUUGAUGACAGCACAGAAACACACACUUUUGGUACCUUUUGGUCUAAGGCUGCAUUGUCAGAAAUUUUUGUCCACAGACAAUAAUUUCUACUCGAUUUAAUUAGAGUACCCGAACAUGCUAUGAUAAAAGAAGAAAUAUGCAAAGAUUUGUGGAUUUCACGGUCUGAAAAAGAAAUGAAAAUACUAGAAAAAUAAAUCAAGUGGACUGGAACACAUUAUCACCACCUCAAACUUGGGAUAUGCUUAAUAAUUCUUAUACAUAAUGGAUGCUUUACGCCCAAUUUAAGUAAAAUGACAAAUUAGGUGUAUUUCAUAUUCGGUACAUUUAUUUCAUUUUUAAGGGAAGUCAGGCCCUCCAUUUAUAAUGUAACUUAGAUGCCACAGAUAUACAUUUACAGCUAACUUACUGAUUACAUUUCACAGAUGGCAAUUUCUUCCAUGAAAUAGUGACACUAUUCCAAGAAACUCUUCCGUGUGUGUGUGUUUCUGCGUGUGUUUACAGACACUGGCUCUCUUAUUGUAGCACAGUAUAUCGUUUGGAGUAGAUUGGUAAGUAUACUUGGCAUGAAGCCCCAGAUCGGUCUUAUAAACCGGUUAUUAAUAAAUCAAAAUGCUGCUCUACUGAAGCAAAUCAAACUAGACAUGCUACAGAAACAAACUCCAUUCUGACUCAAGUCAUUGGGACAGCAGAAUACUCUCAGUAUUGACCUGGUGUGUUGAUGCUCUAGUUUAGUAUCAUUCCAAAUCUUUAGCAGUGAAUCAGUCCUGUGCUUUUUACACAUAGACAUAAAGAAUCCCCAGCCAUUAAGAUCAAUGACACCCCUCAUACUUUGGAGCUUUCUUUAUUCUUUAUAAUACAAUUGAAACUGUGGCUGUUUCACCACUCUCUGCUCUAUAGUAAUGUCUUCAUUAAGGGCCAAUGCCCCCAACCUCCAGGGGUGUUAUGGCAACCUGAAAGGAAAAAUUUGAGUGUAUUGAUUGGCGGUAAGGGAUUGACCAAAACGAUGGUCAUAAAGCAUAAGUGGGUCAUAAAUGAUGACCAGCAAUGAACAGCCCCAUCAUUUUGUUGCCAAGUAGAAUUAUCAGACACAGGUAAUGGUUGAAUGGUGUACUCAUUGCCAAGCAAACUGCCCACCAAGUUCUACAAUAUAGAUUUGUGUUUUUAAAAGGGGAGGUUCAGAUUAUAAAUUUUAAGCUUAUUUAAUGUGGUUUAUUAUUAUUAUUAUUGUUUUAUUUAUUUUUUUGCAUAUGCUGUGUGUGUAAAGAACUACACUAAUAUUACCUAAAAAGAAAAAACUGAAUGAGAUUUUUAGUUUUUAUUUUGGCUUUUUUCCCUUUGUGCUUUGCUUUGGUACAUUGUCUUACUAAAGUGUAAAACACUCCUUCAGAAAUGUAAUUCCUUAUCCUGGACAAAUAUUGAGUCCUAAAUUAGGACUUCAUCUCUUUGUUUUUUUUUUGUUUGUUUUUUAAACACAGCAGGUCUUAAAGGUGUACAAAGAGUCACUCUGACAAUGAAUGUAUGCAAAUAGAGAGCCGUGGUUUGACUGUGUCAUUAUAAUGUGAAAGUUGUUGAUUGUGUCUAAAAUUAAGAGUUACGUCACUGCACUUUUCUGUUUUGGUGGUAUUGGUGCCUCACCAUUGCGACAACUGAAAUGGGGCAAAACUAUGUUGUUUAUUGUGUGCUAUAAUUUUAAACCCAUAAUAUUUCAAUAGUAUUAUCUAACAGCACUAAUGUAGUAAUAUGAGGAUUUAGUAAUGAAGAUUAGACUAAAAGAAAGGCUUUGUGGAUAGUGUUUUAAAAAAAAACCUCAACCACAAGUUUAAAAGCAUAUCUAGAGAUCAGGAAGGUGUAUUCGGUAAAAUGGGGUGAAUACAGGUAAAAUGGGACAACUGUUGAAGUGGGACACUUAAGCUUAAUCAUAUAUCAUUAUGUGUAUAUUCUUUCGUUAAUAAAAAAAUAUUUUGAGAUGACAUUAAUGUAUCCAUUUGGAUCAUACUCUAUUUGAAAAACAAUGCCAAUGACAAAUUAUCAGAAAGUGUCCCACUUUACCUGUAUUCACCCCUGAAUGUGUUUUUAACCAUCCAAGUAGCCAUCGAGCAAGAUGGAAAUGUUAAGUGAUAGGCUAAAGUGUAUCUUUACUCAACAUAUUUAAACUAAUGUUUUCUACUGAUCAUUAAUGAGAAUGCCAUAUAUGGAUGACCAAAUUUUAUUUUGGAAAAGCAAACUUAGGAUUUAUGGCUUUCAUUUAAGUUAAUUGUGUUGUAUUUGUCUUUUUAACAGGCUUUUUAAAAUGGAACAGUAAUCGUUUUUUUUUUAUAGAAUGAUUUCUGAAGUAAUAUGUUUUAUUAUUAAAACUGAACUGCCAAUUUAUCAGCCAUCAUUGCCACUACGAAAAUGCCACAUGCUUCUUCACCUCGGUCCUGUUUGACCCUCUUGAACUCCACUCUUUUUCCUCAUAGUGAGAUCACUUAUAUUGCCCCACCCCUCACCAUUCACAUCAUUGUGACCUCACACUUGUAAACAUACAUGAGCCCCACCCUUUUCAACACAGUCUUGUUUUAACACUGCUAAUGUUUGUGGAUCUCACAAACAUGUUUGUAAAAGUAAGAAUUCUGCAGCAGAAUUAUUUCUGUACAGUAUUUGUAAACUAUAUUUUUGUAUAUUUAAUCAACAUUUUGAAGAAAAAAUUAAAAUGCAAAGAUGCUUUUUUUUGUGCUAAUUUUGUGUUAUAUUCAUUAAAAUAUGUUGCAUGUGACUGACUUGAAUUGUAAAUAAACUUGCCAUGUUUUUUAA